AUGCCUACCAGAUUUUCGAAGACCAGGAAGCACCGUGGCCACGUCUCGGCCGGUUACGGUCGUGUUGGCAAGCACCGCAAGCAUCCCGGUGGUCGUGGUUUGGCCGGUGGUCAGCACCACCACCGAACGAAUCUCGACAGAUACCACCCUGGUUACUUCGGUAAGGUUGGUAUGCGAUACUUCCACAAGCAACCGAACCACUUCUGGAAGCCCAUCAUCAACAUUGACAAGCUGUGGUCGCUUGUCCCUGCCGAGACCCGCGAUGCUUACCUGUCCGGCGAGAAGAAGGACACCGUCCCUGUCAUCGACCUCCUUCCCCUAGGCUACUCCAAGGUCCUCGGAAAGGGCAGAAUUCCCGAUGUUCCCUUACUCGUCCGAGCAAGAUGGGUCAGCAAGCUAGCGGAGAAGAAGAUCACGGAUGCUGGUGGUGUUGUUGAGCUGGUCGCGUAA